AUAAUACUGAGAAAAUAAAUAUAUAUACUUUUAUAUAAAGUAAUGAAAAAUAAAGCGCUUGCGCGAGCUUUCGCAGAGGGUGUAUACCCAAGUAUAUAACUUGGCGGUUUUCUACCUCACGCGUCAUUUCAAAUCUCAACAACGCUGAUAGUUGUGGUCGAGGGUACUAGCAAUUAAAAAAUAAAUUACAUGUGACGUGAUAAAUUUCCAUGGAAAAAUAUUUCAUCUCUCCCUGAAGUUCAAAAGCCGGUAAUUAAAUUUUUCGAAAUAUUUUUGUGGGGUUUCAUUCAGCGUUCACACAGUAAAUAAAAAUACAAGUUCUAAUUCUGAAAUCCUUAAUAGUGAUCUGUUAUCAGUUGUGUCAUCUCAGAAAUAAAAUAGUUAGUGGGCAGCACAAAUAUAUAUUUAUAGUAUAUAAUAUUGUGAUCAAAUCGUUAUUUUAGCCAUGGGAAUGAUUAAAUUCUUAUCAAAAGUACUACUAAUGACUUCACUUAUGACCACUGUAACCGUCGCUAGAUAUAUUCCGGCGAAUAAUUACAUACUUUUGGAAAAAUUAAUAAAUCGUUACGAUCCAAGUGUCAUUAAUUAUGAUUACAUUGAAGACGAUCCAGACAAUCAGAUGGCUGCUAAAAAAGAUGCGCUUUUACUGGAAAAAUUAAUGCUGACGCUACAGAAAAAUACGGAGGAGGAUUCUCAAAUGAUGGAUUUCCAGGAUAGAAAAAAUUCAUUACUUGAAGAACCACAGUUUCAGAAACUUAUGAUCAGAAGAAAUAGAUCUGAGAAUCGGAAAACUGGGAUGGAUCUUCAACGACGAGGGCGCAUCAACGGAAGUGUAUACUGGAAAUGUUAUUUUAAUGCCGUCACAUGUUUUUAAAAUAAAAUAUUUUAAAAAUUGACAAAUCUACGAUAAUCCCUAAUUAUAUAAAUAUAUAUAUAAAUAUAUCAGCAUUCUUUUAUUGUCUUUACAUCUUUUGAAAAAAAGCCUAAUGCACAUCUUCGUACUCUUCAUUACUAUUAAAAAUUUGCACUUUAAAUAAAUCUAAAAUCCUUUUUAUUAAUUACUAUUGUAUAAAUUUUACUAUUGUAAAAUAUAGUUUAUUUAUUUAUUGUUAUUAUUAUUAAUAUUAU